AUGGCCAGCAUUCUCCCUAAACGAACCGCGCAAAGCUCCAUUAUUCCGCCUGAGCUUCCUCCAACAGUUGAAGAAGCCUACAGAAGGAAAUGUAUCGAACUCAAACAACGACUGAGCGAGGUAGAGCAAGCCAAUGAUUCACAACGUAUACGAACAGACCGAGCCCGCCGCGCAGUCCAAAAGAUGCGCCUCGAGCGUUCGUUUCUUUUGGAGCAACUGGCUAAGCGAACAAGCACCAAUGUUGAAGAUUCGGACGGAAGCCCAAGUCCACCACCAUCUCCCAAAGAGAAGCCCCUCAGAAUCAAGAGAGGCCAUCGCAAACCAGACUUUCUCCACACAGAGCUUGGCGACGGUCGUCUCGGAAGCACAUUCGCCCAACAAGGACCCGUUACCCUCUCCCCCUCCUCCGAUGCUUUCUCCCAUAGUCAAACGCAGCCCGAAGCUCUCCGAAACUCAACUCCCCAAGCCUCGGUCGCGCCCAAGCGGCCUUUCCCAACCAACGGCACAUACAUAGCUGCGGCUCCAAGUCUCAACCCAGCUCCCCUUAAAGCCCGCGAAUCUAAAGACGGAUACGACCAGUACCGCGCUGAGAUAAUACCGACUCUGGUACCUGGCCACCCGCUGAUGCAGGAAAAUUCAUCUGACGUUGAGGCCGCACUGGCUAGGGGAUGGAGUUUGCUAGAUCUAACGCAGAAACACGAGUAUGCUCAACGGCGCCAGCAGGCGACGAGAGCGGCUGAGGUCGAGAGAGAGGUCGGAAUCAGUGAUGGCGCUGCCAGGCAGACUUUGGAUGGCGAGCUCAAUCGCGAGGAGGGAGAUGAAGAUGUAGAGAUGGCUGAAGAUUCCGGGACGCCUGCUGCAGCUGAUACGGUGGGAGGCUUUACCGCUGUCAAUCGGGCUUGA